GCAGACGACAUUUUCCGGUCUGCAGCGGAAGCGGUCAAAGAAAUCGAAAAUAUGUAAAGUUGGAGAUGUCUACAGCAUCUAAACUUGCUUUAGGUGCCUCGGUGGCAUUUUCUAUUUCAAUAAUUACUUAUGUUCAUUACAAGCAAAGGGUGGAUCGGGAGAAAUUACAUGAAGGAGUUGUAAGAGACUUGGAAAGGCAACAGAAGAGUAAAAUUCAGAACUUGAAAAUGCUGCAGGACCAGAUUGAAUUAACUAAAGUGUUAAAAGCCCAGAGAGAUGCUGAUAUGGAGGAAAAGAUGAAAAAGGCAAACCAUGUGGGCUCACCCGGAAAACACAAAAUGAAUUUGGUGUCACCUAAAGUGAGAAAGAAAUCUGAUCUUGACAAUAAUAAUAUCUGACAGAAACAAUUGUCCACCACUUUAUCUACAUUGUACUGUUUUCAUGCUUUUGCAGAUUAGAAUCCAGGUGACAUUUGAUGAUGCAGGAAAAGGUUGACAGCAGAGUUGAGACUAGUAAUAGAGCUGGUAUCCAAAUAUGUGUACAUAGAUUUUACUUACACUGAUCUACAUCUAAAACUGCAUUUUACAUGUAAUUUUGUCCAGCUGGAUUUAUAUAACACUUCUGAUAAUGUUCUUGUUGUCUAAGUGAUUAUGCCUGAUUUAAAUGCUUCCUUUCUGCUGAUAUCAUGUCAUUAUACAGUCCAAUCCAUGUAUGAAGACAUUAUCAUGUUAAUUUUGAUCAUCCUUCAAAAGUCCAUAUGUACCACUGCUGGGACUUUUUUAUCAACAGUACAGAUAGUGCAAAUUUAUUGUAAAACAAGAUUCAUAGGUACAGGAUACUACAAAAGGUAAAGCGUUAAAACAAGCACUGUACAUUUAUCCUAUGGCGCUUCCAGCUGCAUUUUGGACACUUUGUCUAUGAAAA